AUGCAGUUGCGGCAGGGAGUUGUAGUGCUUGCCGUCGUGGUGGCGGUGUUGGUCUCCUUGAGCGCGGCAGCUGUGCAUAAGCCCGUAUAUGGGCGCUACGCCGGAUGGGUGCCCAGCGCCUCCGCUGCUGCUCGUGCCGAGGACCUUCACCGCGUGCGAUUCUACCUCACCCCCAGCAACGUCGACCGUCUUGAUUCGCUGUUUUGGGCCGUGUCGGACCCUGAGUCUCCGCAGUAUGCCAAGUACCUCACUACCGAUGAGAUCACUGAGAUUGUGUCCCCGUCUGCGGCCGCGCUCAAGACCGUGAUGUCCUGGAUCCACGAGCAGGGCGCCACCAACGUCGAGCUGUCGCGCAACAGGGACGCGAUCACUAUGACUAUGCCCGUGCACAAGGUCGAGGCCGCCUUUGGCGUGUCCCUCGGCCGCUUCGUGUCGCCCGACGGUGAGCGUCACCUCCUCAGGUCGACCAAGGCCUACACUCUGCCGGCCCACAUCGCCGCCCAUGUCGACUUCGUCACCGGCCUCACCGACUUCCCGCCCAUGAGCAAGAGGGCGCUCGCGAAGGCCGCUGCCUCCCGCGAGGUUCCCACGGCCUCUGGCCCGGGCGUGCCGACCGGCCUCGUUGUCCGCGCUCGCGGCGGCGAGGACCUCGCCAUGGAGUUCAUCCCUGUGUGCUACAACGGACAGUUCACCAAGAACGCCCAGCAGCUGUGCGCCGAUAACGGGAAUGUCAUCGACUCUUUCCAGGUCUCGGUCUCGUCCAUCUCCUCGGCUGUGGGUCGUUCCCGCACCGACAGGGGAGUGUAUCCCGAGGAGUGCAAGUUCAACGGCAACUACACCACCUGCACCACCACCGUCAAGGCGUGGUACUACGACGCGGUGAACGUGUCGAUUGCGGCCGUGUUCCACAACGGCAUCAUCAGCGAUCGCGGCUACAAUGCCUACCCCGUCCUGGCCACCCCGCCCAUCGUGCCCCAGAGCGUUUGGAAGCAGUACAACAUUCCGCCCAAUACGCUGGUGAAGACCAACGUGACCCAGUGCGUGGUCGAGUUCGAGCAGCAGUACUACGCGCCCUCGGACCUUACCCUCUACUUCCAGCAGACCGGGCUCCCCACCGACACCCCCGUCACCGUCAUCGGCCCCAACGACCCGACCAAGCCCGGUGGUGAGGCUACCCUCGAUAUUGAGUGGAUCAUGGGCGUCGCUCCCGGCGCCGCCACUGUCUUCUGGUCCAUUGACCUCCCGUCCCCGGGCGGCGCUGACCCCAUCCUCGAGUGGGCGCUCCAAAUGGCCAACACCGAUAACCCCCCGCAGGUGAACAGCAUCAGCUACGGCGUGGCUGAGGCCCUGGUGGACAAGUUCCUGGGCCAGGGCUACCUUGCCCGUGCCGACCACGAGUUCAAGAAGCUCGCGCUCCGCGGUAUCUCCGUGCUCAUUGCCUCGGCCGACAACGGUGCCGGCGAUUUGGCUGAGAUCCCCAGCUGCACUGUCCUCGAUGCCGACUGGCCCUCGCAGUCGCCCUACGUCACGGCGAUCGGUUCGACGAUCAUCACGCCCGUCUCUGAGCCCAUCUGCUACCAGCGCUCGCCCAUCGACUGCCUCAACAACCCGCUCGGCGAGAUUGUCGUCUCCGUUGAUCAGGGUCUCUUCUGGACCACCGGCGGCGGUUUCUCGAACAUCAGCUCGCGUGCUCCCUACCAGGCCCAGGUGGUGCAGAACUACCUCAAGCACACCAGCAUCCCCUUCCCCGCCCCCGGCGUGUGGAACCCGAACGGCCGCGGCUACCCCGACGUGGCUGCCGUUGGUCACAACCUGAUGUGCGCCCUGAGCGGCGAGUUCGUGCCCAUCGAUGGCACGAGCGCGAGCACGCCCAUCUUCGCCGGCGUGGUGACCCUCCUUAACGACGCGCGCGCCGCUGCCGGCCUGCCGCCGCUGGGCUUCCUCAACCCGAUCCUUUACCAGGCCAGCCGCGACCGCCCCCAGACCUUCUACGAUCCCGUGUGGGGCAACAACAGGUGCGGCGCGCUCACCGACACGCCGGUGUGCUGCCCCGAGGGCUACCACGCCACCGACGGCUGGGACGCCUCCACCGGCCUCGGCACGCCCAACUUCCUGGAGCUCAGGCAAUACGUGCUCCAGUACCCCAAGACCAAGCUUUGA